CAUUGAGCUGCGACUGCUCGUGCGGGCUGUACCUGAAGGGCGGAGUGUAGCAUCUCUAUGUCCUCAUAUUUACAAUGAGGACUUAUUAGCAGGUGGAUUAGGUGGAUGUGGAUAAGAUGGCGUUAUCAGUAUCUUCUCUUUGCCGAGCUCUGAGAACAUUCACUCUGUCCUCCAGAACUCUUACAGCUCCAAUGUGCCCCCCUUCUCCUGUGGGAGGAUUGGUUGGUACCUUGCUGAGACUGGGAACUGCCCGCUUCUUCAUCACCACACCGCCUGUAACCCAGAACAGCACACUGUGGAAACAAAGAGAGAAAUACACCAUCCGCCCCAUUGGGGUGAAAAAGACAGGCGGCAGAGACCACACAGGGAGGAUUCGGAGGCGGGGUAUUGGAGGGGGGCACAAACAGAGGUACAGGAUGAUCGACUUUCAGAGGCUGCAUUUCGAACUCGGCAAAGUAGGGACUCAGAUCGAGGAGAGAGUCGUAGAAGUACGCUACGAUCCCUGCAGGUCAGCUGACAUUGCUCUGGUUGCCGGGGGAAACCGUAAACGCUGGUUAAUUGCUACAGAGAACAUGCAGGUUGGAGAUUUGAUUAAGAGCUCAUCUGUCAUUGGACGGAUGGCAGUGUUGGCUAACGAGGGUGAUGCCCACCCACUAGGUGCACUUCCUGUAGGAACUCUGAUCAACAACCUGGAGCUGCAGCCGGGGAAAGGAGCACAGUACAUUCGAGCUGCAGGUACGUGUGGGGUUCUUCUGAGAAAGGUUAAUGGAACUGCCAUCAUUCAGCUCCCUUCAAAACAACAAAUUCAGGUGAGUGAGACGUGUGUAGCGACGGUGGGACGCGUUUCCAAUGUAGACCAUAAUAAACGAGUGAUAGGGAAGGCAGGGAGGAACCGCUGGUUUGGGAUCAGACCCUCAAGUGGCUUGUGGAAGAGGAAGGGAGGAUGGGCUGGCCGCAAGAUCAAACCUUUACCUGCCCUCAAGAGCUUUGUUAACCUGCCCUCUGUCUCCAAAAUAUAACACCUGGAACUCUUACCUGUGUGUGUGUUUGUGAGUGUGUGAUCAAACAAAAACACCAUACACAUUAAAUUAUAUGAAAUAAACAUGACAGAAUAUUUUUA